GGUAGAACUUUCACGAUCAUCUGGAUUUCUCAGAGACGUACUCUUAAACAUUAAUAAAUACAGCAAUAGUAACAAGAAAAACAAAUACAACAAAUACAUUCUUAGAAAAUUUACCAACAUCAUUAAUGAAUAAUAAUGUUGCUGCAUCACUUGCUACUUUACUUGGACAGUUAUCUAAUAAACAACUGCUUCAACAACAACAACAACAACAACAACAACAACAAUUGCAAGCUGAAAAAGCACCAGUAGUUAAACGAUAUAAAUGUUUACAUAUUUCUGCCUGA